CCCUGGACGGACGAGUGGAACGUUUGACAAUGAGGUGGUGAUGAUGAACCAUGUCUACAAGGAGAGGUUCCCCAAGGCCACAGCCCAGAUGGAGGAGCGCCUGCAGGACACCAUCACCAACUUCUCCCCGAGCAGCACCCUGCCCCUGGCUGAUGGGGUGCUGGGCUUCAUCCACCACCAGAUCAUCGAGCUGGCCCGAGACUGCCUGGCCAAGUCCCAGGGAGCUCUCAUCACCUCCCGCUACUUCAUGGAGCUGCAGGAGAAGCUGGAGAAGAUGCUCCGAGACGCUCAGGAGCGUUCUGAGAGCGAGGAGGUGAAGUUCAUUGAUCAGCUGGUGAGGAAGCUGCUGAUCAUCAUCUCCCGGCCUGCCCGACUUCUGGAGUGCCUGGAGUUCGACCCAGAGGAGUUUUACCAUCUCCUGGAAGCUGCAGAAGGACAUGCCAAAGUUGGACAGGGAAUAAAGACUGAUAUUCCCCGAUACAUCAUCAGCCAGCUGGGGCUCGUCAAGGACCCACUGGAGGAAAUGGGGCAGCUGGAUCACUUUGACAGCGGGAACACCAUCACACCGGAGAACGAUGACACCUGUGAGAGCCAGCCUUCAAUCCCCGUGCCACGGAGGAAGCCCUGCGAGGGGGACUUUGAGACCAUCAAGCUGAUCAGCAAUGGGGCUUACGGGGCCGUGUACCUGGUGAGGCACAGGGAGACGCGGCAGCGCUUCGCCCUGAAGAAAAUCAACAAGCAGAACCUCAUCCUGAGGAACCAGAUCCAGCAGGUGUUUGUGGAGAGGGACAUCCUCACCUUUGCUGAAAACCCCUUUGUGGUCAGCAUGUUCUGCUCCUUCGAGACCAAGCGGCACCUCUGCAUGGUCAUGGAGUACGUGGAAGGGGGGGACUGUGCCACGCUGCUGAAGAACAUGGGCCCCCUGCCCGUGGACAUGGCCAAGAUGUACUUUGCCGAGACCGUUCUUGCCCUGGAGUAUCUCCACAACUACGGCAUCGUGCACCGGGACCUCAAACCUGACAAUUUGCUCAUCACCUCCAUGGGCCACAUAAAGCUGACAGACUUUGGUCUGUCAAAGAUUGGCCUGAUGAACAUGACCACGAACCUCUACGAAGGGCACAUGGAGAAGGACACGCGGGAGUUCAUGGACAAGCAGGUGUGUGGCACUCCGGAGUACAUUGCCCCUGAAGUCAUCCUCAUCCAGGGCUAUGGGAAGCCCGUGGAUUGGUGGGCCAUGGGCAUCAUCCUCUACGAGUUCCUGGUGGGCUGUGUCCCCUUCUUCGGAGACACCCCCGAGGAGCUCUUCGGGCAGGUCAUCAGUGAUGAAAUUAUGUGGCCAGAAGGGGACGAGGCUCUCCCUGCAGAUGCCCAGGACCUGAUCACACGGUUGCUGAGGCAGUGUCCCCUCGAGCGCCUGGGCACUGGAGGUGCACACGAGGUGAAGCACCAUUCCUUCUUCCUCCAUCUGGACUGGAACGGGCUGCUGCGGCAGAAGGCCGAGUUCAUCCCCCAGCUGGAGUCGGAGGAUGACACCAGCUACUUUGACACCCGCUCUGAGAGGUAUCGUCACUUGGACUCAGAGGAUGAGGAAACCAACGAUGAGGAAUCAUCAGUGGAGAUUGGGCAGUUCUCCUCCUGCUCCCACCGCUUCAGCAAGGUGUACAGCAGCUCAGAAUUCCUGGCGGUCAACUCCACCCUGAGCCUCUCCUCCUCUGACCGGAGUCACUGCGAUGACAAGGAGGAGCGGUGGGACCGGCACUCGGGGGAUGAGGACAGGAGCAGGCCAGCGGGCACCGAGCCCCGCCUGCGCUCCUGGACGUCCGGCAGCUCCAGCUCCCGGCACGAGCGGAGCCGCAGCCCCACGGCACUGCCCAGCACCCUCAGCCUGGACACCAUGCCCAAGUUUGCCUUCUCCUCGGAGGAUGAGAGCCCUUGUGUGGCAUCCAAGCCAGAGAGACCCAAGUUUGUGGUGGGAGACUCGGACGCGGGGACUGGCGGCGCGGUGAAGCAGUCGGCGUUAUCUG